AUGGAGUAUCCGCAAACUGAAAAGCUUCUUUUCGCGCCCGCCGCCGAGCGUCUGCAGAAGGGUUUAAAACUCGUCUUCUGCUCGGACCACGCCGGUAUCGAUCUGAAGAAUCAGGUUAUUGAUUUCAUCAAGAACGACCUUAAGGCCCCUGAGGGUUGCAUCGAAGAUGUCGGGUGUUUCACGCACGACUCUGUUGACUAUCCUGACUUCGCUGAGAAGCUCGGCCGUAAGGUUGUGGCUGUUGAUGAUACGACAAAGCUCCUCGGUAUUGCCAUCUGCGGCAGCGGUUUGGGUAUGUCGAUAUCAGUCAACAAGGUGAAGGGUAUUCGAUGUGGCCUUUGUCAUGGCAACUACGAUGCUCGCUAUUUGCGUAUGCACAACAACGGAAACGUCCUCGCGAUGGGCGGCCGUACGACCGGUAUUGAGAUCGCCAAAGAGAUCGUUGCCACAUUCAUCAACACCAACUUCUGUGGUGGUCGUCAUCAGAGGCGCCUCGAUAAGAUCUCUGCAAUUGAGCAACGCGGAGAUUAG